AUGGACACUCUCGACAAUACCGAAUGGGAUGUGCUGAUUGUCGGCACCGGCCUGCAGCAGUCGCUGCUUGCCCUAGCUCUGUCGCGAUCCGACAAGAAAAUCCUCCACAUCGACGAGAAUGACUACUACGGGGGUGCCGAGGCUGCCUUCAGCUUACAAGAAGCUGAAGAGUGGGCUCAGAGAGUAAAUACAGGAGCAGCUACUGCUGCCUUCUCAUCUCAUCACGGGUCUACCGACAGCUUGAGUUUCUUGCCGUCGGCAGUUGGUAGGGUGUAUGCUUCAGACACAGGGGAUGACACCCUCGAGUCUGAAAGCACGCACCGAGCUGGGAAGUUACUGAAGGUACCAAAUGGACGGGAAGAUGUCUUCCAGGACCACGACCUCGACUUCAAGGCAAAGCGUGCCUUGAUGAAGUUCCUUCGCUUUAUCGGCGAGUACGAGGAGCAGGUUGAGGUCUGGGAGGAACAUCGCCAACAACCGUUCUCAACAUUCCUGUCCCAGCAAUUCAAGGUCCCAACCAGCUUGCAGGGUCCGUUGAUGGCUCUCACCUUGUCGCCGAGUCCACCAGACCAGACGACAACCGAAUACGCACUGCCACGAAUCGCGAGGCACCUGCGAUCCAUCGGUGUGUUCGGCGCGGGCUUUGGAGCGGUCAUUCCCAAGUGGGGAGGCCUAGCUGAGAUCAGCCAGGUCUCAUGUCGCGCCUGUGCUGUGGGUGGUGGAGUCUAUGUCCUUGGAAAAGGCCUUGAUUCUUCCAAUACAGAUCCCACGGAGACUACAGAGCAUGGCAUAAAACUUCGCCUGAAAGACGGUGAAGUUGUCACUGCGAAGUGGAUCGUGGGAGGUAACACUUCUGCUACACCGGAAGAGGCAUUAUGCAGAUCGAUAAGCAUCGUGUUCUCAUCACUUGCACCACUAUUUCCUCCGCUUGCCGAAGACGCUCCGGCGCCAGCUUCGGCCGUGGUCGCUUUCCCGUCUGGAUCAAUCUCGCUCGAGUCGCCCGCUGGUAAUCCACCACCCGUGCAAAUCCUGGUGCACUCUAGCGACACGGGCGAAUGCCCUUCAGGUCAAUGGCGUAUUAUAUGCAUCUACGGGCGUUACGUGGUAAGCUUGGGUUUCCAGCUCCUCAGUAGAGCCGUCGACACUCUCCUGGCUUCUGUAGACGUGUCGCCAGCUCCCAGCCUGCUUUGGUCAACACAGUAUCAACAGCGACCAACGUCAGGUACAGAGGUGCUACCCACGGGUAACGACGAUCGCGUCUUGCGCUUCCCACCUCCCUCCGCCGACCUGGCCUUCGAUGAUAACAUAUUUGAUCAUGUCAAAGAUGUAUGGGAGAAGAUCAUGGGCGGCGAGGGAGGAGAUUUCCUGGUCUUUCAGGAUCGAGAAGUUUAUGAUGACGAGGACUGAUACAAGUGUUUUAGUAACACGUACGAAAGUCAGCCGGUGUGAUCGGGCCAUGCGCGUCCCAUAACAAAGAAAUAUACCCCAUUCAAGUCUUUGAC